AUGGCGGAUGUUCUAGAAUGGUUUAGGGAUAAUACAGACGUCAGUGUUCAUGACGGUGUGUCAGUGGAACAUUCAGACCCUAAUGAUGAAGUUAAGGGAUUCGGUUUGUUUUUAGACAAGAAUUCCAUAUCUCUAAAUGAAGAUCUAAUAGAAUUAUUGAGAAUUCCAAAAAAACAUACUUAUAAUAUAGAUACGAUUUUGGAACUAAUAAACGAUGAAACCAAUUACUCUUCGAAUGAACAAUAUGAGAUCACCACAAGUGCAAUUAAAGAAUAUUUCUCAAAUUUUACAGUUUAUUUGGAAAAUGCAAAUGUUCUCAUGUAUAUUUUAAAUGAAAAUAAUAUAUUGGCAUUUUAUUUUAUUCUAUUUGAAUUACUGAUUGAAAAUGGUUAUGAAUUACCAAAAGUAAUUACUUUUUAUUUACAAAAUGUACUGAUGACUACUUCUGUUUUCCAUAAAGAUAUAGUGGAAUCAAAUUUGAUGUUAGAAUAUUUUGGGCAUUAUGGUACUCCAAUUAUUUUGAAUGAUGUUAUCGGUUAUUUCAAUUAUUAUUUUGACAAUAUAGAAAAUAUUAAGAAAAUUACAAAAGAUACUAUCAAACAAUUAUAUUUUGCAAUCUUAUCCCGAUGUUUGGAGAUUCCAGAAGAAAUUAGAUCAAGUCCAACCUCAGUUUCAGCUAACAAGAGUAGUGAUGAUGGUGGCGACGACAAUGACGAUGACGAUGAUGAUGAUGAUGAUGACCUUGAUGAGGAAGGAAAUGGAGAUGAUUUUGUGGUCAAUUCUACUCUAGUGCCACUCCUUGAUUUUUGUAAUCAUUCGAAUGAUCUUCAAAAUGCACACUUUGAUGUGGAUAGAUUCACUGGAGAUGUAUUAUUAAUGAUAGAUUUGAAGAAAUAUAAAAAUUUACACGCUAAAAAGAUCCAUAAAGAUACGAAGUUCGAAAUUUACAUCAGUUAUUCUCCAAAAGAAGAAAUAUUUACAUUCUUAAAUUCUUAUGGUUUUAUUCCUGAUUCGAAAGUGCAUGGCUGUCAAUAUUAUAACUUAUCCCUGGAUAGAAACUUUCUGAAAACGUUCAAGCUAUCUAAUGGUUUACAGUUAGGUUUGUUUUACAAAUGGUUUUCAAUAAAACCAAUUAUCCAGCUUGUAAAGGAGGAAGAUCAAUGGAAUAUAUAUGAUGGGGUACCAUGGGAACGAAAUCCUCAAUUUCUAGAAACUAUUUUGCCAUUCGUUUCAAUUAAUGCAAAUAAAAAUCAAGUAGUGUGGAGUUAUAAUGAAAAAAGUUCGAAGUCAUUUGCAUAUAUGCACCAAAUAAUAAAUGAUGGUUCUAAGGAUGAUCUCGGCGAUCUUGUUUCUGCAUACAGGGACUUUAUAUUUUUGAAAGAAAAUGAUUUAUAUGUAGAUAGAAUAGGUUUGCCUCAGUUAGCAUGGACAUUGGAGACUACAAUUCAACCAGCAGAUGAAAUAGUUUCGGAAAUUUUGGCUACAAAAAUCAAGUCAAGACCAUCCUUAAGAGAAUCCAUGGAUCAAAUUUUGAUAGAUGGUAUAGUUAACGUCGAUACGCGGUUCUCUUUCUUAUCAUUUUUAAACGAUUAUGCUAAAUGGAGAAUUCAAAAAUUGCAAGAUUGUAAAAUAAAGAUUUCACCUAGUAGUAAUCCAAUAUUACAAUAUAUUAAUUUUGAAUCAUCAGUUUUAAAACAAUUACAAAAAAAUAUUCAAAUGAAUUAUACA